AUGGCGGAAGCGACAGAGAAUCCUCCUGGGGCUCCGGGAGAGGCUGCGCUGCCGGCGCAGCCCGCAACCGCAAGUGGUGUUGAAGAACUCAAGCAGGAGACCCCGCUGUUUGACCAGAAUGCCAUUCCCGGGUUGCUCGAAACCAUACAAGCGAGCCUGAAGAGGCAGCGGACACCUGGGCCCGAGAGCAACGGCGAUGAGAAGCGGCAAAAGACCGAGCCGGAGCCCAGUACAGACGAUUGGGAAUCAAUGCUUCAGAAUGCCCUUGGCGAUGCGUUUCCCGAGCAGCUCGCUCAGGAUAUCUCGGCCAGUGCCUUGGACCAGGCCCCUCUGCCCACCGAGUCAGCAGCUCCCACCACAUCGGCAGCGCCAUCUCGUCCACAGCGUCGCGAACAAAAGAAGCUGAAGUUUUUCGAGUCUCCGACAUACAUAAUACGCUCAAUGGGCCUCCCAUUACUGGCCAGUUUGCGGCAGGCUGUGCAAAUACUGCUCGCGCUCUCGGAACGGUCGAGAGAGGAGACGGUCAAAUCUAUUAGCAACAAGACCACCGAUGUCGGCAAAGCCUACGGCACUCUCAAAGCUGCCUUCGACCAGGCCCGAAGAAUGUUCUCAGAGUCAUCACCAAUCUUGUUUCCAGAAGAACUCGAGAUCAAGGAGCUUGGGGACCAAGAGACAAUCCAAAUGGCAAACAUGGCUACAAUCUGUGCGAGUCUCUUUGAAGCUGGCGAUGUGUCGCUAUCUGACAUACAUGAACAUUUCCUUGCCGCCUUUGUCACCGAAUCGGUCUUGUUGACUGAUGAGCUCCUCGACCUCUUCAUCGACUUUAAAAUCCGCGUCGCAGUCGAAGAUAUAAAAACUUUGCCCGAGGGCCAGUCGAUUGACCCGGUCCUGGAGAAAAUCUUUCCAUCCGAUCUCGAGGAGCAGAUCAAACAAGCCCACCCUGAUGCGUCAUUUGCGGGCAUCACUGCCAAAUUGAAACAGGACUCCUUUAUCAGCGAAGUCAGAAGCACCCAAUCCAAAGAAACUCUAGCCCAGAACUACACUCUCAAUGUCUUUCGAGAUACUUUGAGCACCUAUCUCCAGUCGAAUAUUGACACCGUGCUGCGAUUUGCCGAGAGCCAAGGGAUCGAAAUUCCCGCAGAAGAAGACUCUGGCAUGGACGAGCAAGGCGUCAAUGCAACUUUGAGUAGUGAGAACGACGAACUUGCUGCCGCGCUGCAAGCUGCCACAUCAAGCUUUGGAGCCGAUCUCCUGGCUCAGUCUGGGGCCAGUCAUGAGAUCGGAGCCGAUGACCUAUCUUCUACCACUGAUAGUCUUGGUUUGAAGAAGCUCAUCGAGGAUUCAUUAUCGAAAGAGAUCUCUGCUGCCAUGCCGACCUCCCAGGAGACUGGAGGCGCCGCCAGUAGUGGUGGAGGUUCAGGGCUACUCUCCUUGAUCAACGAGAAGAUCGGCCAGAACUCGGCAAAUCUCGCAAGUGCUUCUCCAUACCAGACAUCCGUUCCCGCAAAUGCUUCUGCACUCGCUCAAAGCGCAUAUGCGUCGCAUUAUGCACAGUAUCCAUAUUCGCUGCCUUUCGCUGGCUACCAGACUACUCAAUUUCCUCCCCAGCAGCCCGCGGGCAAUAGUAACGGCCCUCUUCCUCCGAACCAGUCAUCGCCAAGUGCUGUGCUGUACCAGCGUGCUCGCCAAGCAGCAGCAGCAAAAUCCUCUGCCCAUGCUAGACGCGAAGGCCUUCAUAGUACCAGGAGACCCUGGACUGCCGAAGAGGAACAGGCUCUGAUGCAUGGUCUCGACCAGGUGAAGGGCCCUCACUGGUCACAGAUUCUUCAGCUGUAUGGACCAAAUGGUACCGUGUCCGACAUUCUCAAGGACAGGAGUCAAGUGCAGCUCAAGGACAAAGCACGUAACCUCAAGCUUUUCUUCCUAAAGACGAAUUCGGAAAUGCCUUACUACCUACAGUGCGUCACCGGCGAAUUGAAGACCAGAGCCCCAAGCCAGGCUGCCAGGAAAGAGGCGGAGGAGCGGGCUCGGAUGACCUCCGAAGAGGACCAGGCGCGCCUUCAGGGAGUGAUGGCUCUUGCAGGUGGCCUCCAGAACAAUCCUCCUAGGCCACAGGGCUCUCCGGGCAUGGCUGCGCAGGUACAGAGACCGCAACAACCUACGGCAUCGCCGGUCAAGCCCUCUCCUGUCCCAGCUGCGGCAAAUGCUUCAGCCCCCGGCGCCUAUCAGCAGAGGAUGGGAACCCCGACGCAACAUAACACUCAGCAGGCAAUGGCGGCGCAGGGUGCAGCACAGCAUUAUGCCUCGACGCACAUGGGUCAACCACAUCAGAUCAAGGCAGAGCCAGCCUCUUCUCCUACGAAACCUCAACAUAACUUCCAGGCCAAUGGCCAACCUCGCCCGCAGCCGAUACAGCAAGCGCCCCAGCAACCUUUUCAACAGGCAAAUCAGCAGCAAAUGCGCCAGCCUGUUCAACAGCAGGUGCCUCGACCAAUCGCCCAGGCGCAGCCCCAGGUGAACCCCCAGGCCAGGCCUCAGACUGCGCCCCAAGGCCAUAUACCACAACAGAUCCAGCCACAGCCGCAGGUGCAGGGCCAGCUUCCAUUACCACAAGCACAGACUCCUCAACAACAGCCCAAUACCCAACAGCAUCCACGACCGCAACCGCAACUGCAAGUUCAGAUGCAGGCCAAGGCCCCGCAGCAGGCACAGCCUUCACCUCAAAUACAGCAGGCACAAUUGCAUCAACAACAGCGUCAGUCGCCAACCUCUCUACCGCAACAGCAACCGCCGCCGCUCGCGCAGCAGCAGCCACAGCAGCAACAACAACAACAGCCACUCGCUCAGUUCCAGCAAAGUAGUAACACCGCUCUUCACCAAGCGCCACCUUCAAUGGAAGCCGCGAGCCAAGCGCAGAACAAUCAUGAUGCAACCUCCGAGGCAUCACUGCUGGAGACACUCAAAGCCGCAACCGCUGCGAUACCUGGGUGA